AUGAAUGUUGAAAUAUUAAUUACUAUUAUUGUAUUACAAACAAUUGUUAUUAUUUGGUUGUUGUUAAAAAGAAAUAAAAAGUGUAUUAAGUCUGUAAGUCAAGUCACUGAUAAAAUAGCAAAUACUAAUGAAGAAUAUAAAAUGGUGUUGUUAGUUAGAAAAGACUUAAAAAUGCAAAAAGGUAAAAUUGCAGCACAAUGUGGUCAUGCUGCUGUUGGUUGUGUUCUUAAAGCACAAAAAUAUGACCCAAUUUCAUUAAAUACAUGGAGAUAUUAUGGUCAAGCUAAGAUUGCACUGGUUGUAGAUAACUUGGAACAAUUAGAACAAUUAGAAAAGAAAGCAGAAGAAUCUAAUUUAAUUACGAAAAAAAUUUGUGAUGCUGGAAGAACACAAGUUGUCCCUGGAUCUAUUACUGUUCUUGGAAUUGGUCCUGCACCUGUUUCUAUUAUUGACCAAAUCACUGGAAAGCUUAAAUUAUUAUAA